GCCAGCGGUGAAAUACAGGAAUGGCUCCAGUUUCUAGUCGUCCACCUGAACUGAGUCUGCACUGACUAAAUCAGUUUAGUAGUGGAACGAGUCAGCAGAUGACUUAGUCCUCUCCGGAAUAUCGCUGAACGGGGAAGGUCUCCUCUUCGUUAUGUCGGAGCCAUUCCUGUAUUUAGUCGCUAGUAAAUUAAACCAGCUACGUCAUUUUGUCUUUGCCGACAACUACACGAAGGGUCGCACGAAGAUGAAAUUCGAGGAUCGUGACACUCGGUCCCAGUCUCAGAAGGAGGAAGGGCCCUCGGGUCUGUCCCUUCAAGUGACUUCCGCAAAUUUCUAUAAUCUUCGCUGUAAAGAUUGCUUUCAGGAAUUUGUGAUCUCAAGUUAACGAAGAAGAAAGAAUGUCAUUAAUUGGCAAGGAUCAAUGUGACAACACUCCGGCUCCGACAUAUCUGUCGUUCUCCACUGCGUCUACAUCGAUAUUUAUCACCAUCGUUGCUUCCGUUGGAAACUCGUUGGUUGUCCUCGCUGUGUUGUUGAACCCAAACAAAGACCUGCGAUCGCCGUUCAUCUACUUUUUGGUGAAUCUUAGCGUAGCGGAUCUCGUCGUUGGACUCGUACUCGGCCCUUUGAGUACAAUGUAUCACAUCUUUGAAGGGCUUAGUAUGCUUAACCAAGGUUACAAAGACGCGGUACACAUUAUUUAUUUCACUUCAUGUACAGCGUCCCUUUUCAGCUUGAUAGCCCUGGCGCUAGAUCGCUAUCUCGCUAUUACGUACCCUCUGCAGUACAGAGCCAAACUUAGCCCCAUCAGAGCUUUGUUGAUAUCCGUUGUGGUAUGGAUUAUCUCCGCUUUGCUCCCAAUGGUCUACUUCGCUAUCGGCUACAACAAACUUCGCUUUGUAUUUGCCAACACUGCUAUAGCUAUCACCUUUGCAGUCCUGAUUUUCACCACUGUCAAGAUUUUCAAAUAUUUGCGAUGCCAAGUACAGCAAUGGGACAGUUUGCAUGACAGCUCAGAUGAGAAUUUAGCCUUGAAACGAGCGAUGAAGUGGGAAACUAAAAUAACCAAGACACUGGUUAUCGUACUAAUACUAUUUUUAGCCUUUUACCUGCCUUCAUGUAUUUGUAUCUAUAUCAUUAACUUUUGUACCAGUUGCGAUUGUGUGUUUAUUCAUUGGGUUAGAGAUAUCCAGUUUGUUCUUGUGAUGGCCAAUUCAGGAGUAAAUCCUUUCGUGUACGCGUGGAGAUUGGAAAAUUUCCGCAAAGCUUUCAAGAACAUCUCAACCUGCCAUGCGUGUUUAAGGCGACUGAGGUCAGUCUCGCGUUUAAAUUUACAAUUGUCGUCUGUAAGCACAGACGUCUCCUCUUACAAUCCCACAGGACAAGCUGGCAAUCCAGAAGAAAUAAACCAGGCUAAUGAAAACUGUAUAAUUUCAAAAUGUAAUACACAACCACAGGGUGUGUAAGACGUUGAGUCUUGGUGUAACUUGAUUUAUGUCUUAUGAAGAUAUCUUAAUAAACAUGCACAAAGUUAUGAUUUA